AUGCAGUCACUUACAACAGUAGAUAACGAUUCCAGCCAUGCGUGCUACAUAUGCUUGGCCGGAAAAGAUGAGCUUGCACCAUUUUGUAACCGCAAAGAGUCCAAUGAUUGGGUGAAACCUUGCAAAUGCUCGAUUGUGGCGCAUCGAAAGUGUUUCUUAUCGUGGGUUUCCAGUCUUGAUCUACAGAAAAGAAAACAGGAAAAUGGCCUUGGAUCUGGUGAUCCGAACUCAAGGCCAAGCACCCUCAUGUUCAACUACAAUAUACAGAGUCUAUUUAUCGGAUUGCCUCUUAUCAAGAAAUCCGAGAUUAUCACUGUCUUCAUUGACUGUCCACAAUGCAAACGUCAAUUAUGUUUCCAGACACCAAACUCCCGUAUCUUGAAUAUUAGACAGACCAUCGAUGCAGGUAUAUCCAACAUUAUGCGUGUGGGGAUUUCCUCUACGGUGAUAUCGUCAUCGGUCGCUUCCGUAAGCAUGGGCUUUUUAGUCGGUCUUAGCGCAACGGGUCUACGAGUCAUGCAAAUGGUAACUCCACAAAGUGUGCAGCUUUCCCUUUUCGAUGUCAAGAGCACCACUACGCGAACUCUGGUCUCCGCUUUGGAUAAAGGACUAAUUCCUAUACCCAAAUUUCUUAUUAUCACCGCGUCGAUACCCUUAUAUUUGGUGUACAUGAGAAUGAACGUUUUGGGUACUGGACCAGUGAAUAUGAUUGGGAGAGUGUUUCCUUUGCUUCUUUAUAGGGAUUAUCAGGAUCUGAAGGAUAAUCCGGCAAAGAAGUUUCUGCUUUUAACUUUACCUCUCCAAUAUCUUUAUAGGGCUACCUACAGCUUGACUCUCAACAGAUUGUAUUACAGAUGGUGCAAGCAAGUUCAGCCCUGUUUUAUUGCCGACAGGCUCUCACUAAAGGAACUGGAACGGAUAGAAGAAGAAAACAGGGAGGAGUUUGCAUACCUAGAGGCAGAGAAAGAGGCAGAGUCUCCAAAACCUGCAGGCUCUGGAUUCUCUGGGCUAUUGCAAAGAUUAUUAAAAGCGCUGACUUCUAAUUCGAUCAUCAGAAAAAUCCAUCUUUCAAGACUUAGACGGGAGCUAAUCAACUGUUUCAAGUUUGACUACUCCAAGGUUUUCCAGGGAUCGCAAUUUUACUUCUUCUUGGCAUCCACCCUAUCAUGGCCGUAUUUUGGGGAGCUUAUCAGUAGACUUUUGAUAUCCCGAAUACCUCACAUCAACGAGAUUUUGAACAAGCACAUCAACACACCGGAUGAGGCGGAGUUCCUGAGAAACCUGCUGGGAUGCGUUGCAGUUGUUGUGCUGAAAGACUUCGUGAACUUGUAUUUCAACUACAAGAAAUUCAAGCAAUUGCGAGAUGUUGACGUCGUUAGUGGAUUGAACGAUGACUUCAUGCAAUACAUUAACGACAAAUACCACCAAGGAGAAGACAUGAACUAG